GUCGGGACAGAUUGGAGGCGUGUUGCUGUCGUAAUGAGGGGGAGCAUGCCUGCACCGUGGUGGAAAAGCUCCGAGUGGUAAGGCUGUCUCCGCUACAUGCGCGCUGCCUUCUAUUUCCCCAGCCUCUCUUUCUACUUUAUUGUGCGUAAUAGCAAUUUCCUCUGCAGUAGACUACUGUGCAAGGCUCGGUGCAACAAGUUUGCAGGAGCCAGAACACGCCGUCAGACAGGUUGACUUGAUUUGGCUGGAGCGGAACUGUCUGUCGCUGUCACCACAAAGUCACUGUACGUGAACGCCGCGUCUCACACGCACUCACUCACUCACUCACUCAGAACAGUGUGCCAUAAAUUCGUGACUCGGCGCCAGAUGCAGUUUGCUUCCAACAGCGCGUGUAGUUGUAGUUAAAUGGAGAUCGCGGAGGCAAGAGGAGCAUCCAAGUGCUUGGAGAAAAUGGAGAAAGAAGCGGCUCCUCGGAAGCGACAGUAUUGGCGCACAACAGUGCUGAACAUAAUCUCGUCUGUAUGUUCAGUGGCGUCCAUCGCCUUUUGUAUUUUUCUGAGCAUGAACACGGCUGAUAUUAAGAACCGGGUUGUGGAUUUGGAGAGUGGGAACGGCGAGCACACCUUUAUCCGUGCCCCUGGCUACUCCAUGGAUGAUUUUAAUUCACUGAUUGAACAAAGAGUGGAUGAGCUGCUCUCUCAGCGCUCCUACGAACAUUUUGUCAAGAUUCGCACUGCAAGAGAAGCGUCACCUGAAUGCAACUGCCCGCCAGGACCUCCGGGAAAGCGGGGAAGAAGAGGCCGCAAUGGAGAACCUGGACCUCAUGGCCCUCCAGGUCCGAAGGGUGAUAAGGGGGAUCAAGGAGACCAGGGACCACGGAUGGUCUUCCCUAAGAUCAAUCAUGGCUUUCUUUCCGCUGACCAGCAGCUCAUAAAGCGGCGGCUCAUUAAGGGAGAUCAAGGGCAAGCAGGACCACCUGGACCUCCGGGGCCACCGGGCCCUCCAGGGCCAAGGGGGCCUCCAGGGGACACUGGGAAAGAUGGGCCCAGAGGUUUACCUGGUCAACCAGGUGAUCCAGGAGAGCCUGGAGAAACAGGACCCAUGGGACCUGAGGGGCCUGAAGGGCAGAAGGGUUCACUCGGCCUUCCUGGCGUCCCAGGUGUUGAUGGACUGAAGGGGGAUGUUGGCAUCCCAGGAUUGGACGGUAUCCCCGGAGCCAAGGGUGAAAUGGGAGAGCGAGGUGAAAAGGGUGAUAUGGGCGAAGAUGGACCGAAAGGUGAUAUGGGAGAGAAGGGAGAUGCAGGCUCCUCGGCAGCAGGCAUCAAGGGUGAACCUGGAGAGCCUGGACGAAGUGGACAUAAGGGAGAGCCAGGACUUCCAGGGCUGCCUGGACUCCCAGGGAUAAAGGGUGAGCCUGGAUUCCUCGGUCCCCAGGGAGAGCCAGGGCUUCCAGGACUCCCGGGAACUAAGGGUGAGAGAGGCGACCACGGGCCACCAGGAAAGGGUGAAAGAGGAGAAAUUGGACCCGUUGGACCAAAGGGUUCCCAGGGAGAGACUGGCACACCUGGUCUUAAAGGGUCAAAGGGGGAGCUUGGGGAUAAAGGAGACUUGGGAUCCAUUGGCCCGAGGGGCCCACCUGGGCAGAAAGGAGACCAAGGAGCCACUGAAAUCAUCGAUUACAAUGGAAACAUUCAGGAGGCUUUACAGAAGAUUACCACUAUUACAGUAACGGGUCCUCCUGGACCUCCCGGGCCAAUGGGACCGGAGGGUAUAAAGGGGGAUCGUGGCAUGCCCGGUCUCCCUGGACUGGAUGGUGAAAGAGGCUACAAAGGUUCAAAAGGAGACAUGGGAAUGCCUGGAGCUUCAGGGGAAAAAGGCUCAACUGGUUUACCCGGCCUACCUGGUGUCAAUGGGUUUAAAGGAGACAAGGGAGAUUCAGGUCUACCAGGUCCUCAAGGUCCUUCAAUCAGCGGUGUUCCAGGGCCACCAGGGCCCCAUGGACCCCCAGGACCCAUGGGCCCCCAUGGUUUCCCUGGACCAAAGGGGGAACCUGGUUUGCAUGGUGCGAAGGGUAUGCGAGGGGAAGCAGGACACAAAGGGGACCGUGGACCACUGGGUCUCCCUGGCAUGGAUGGGCCUUCAGGUCCAGCUGGUCCAGCUGGGCCAAAGGGUGACAUAGGUGAGAAAGGAGCACAAGGCGAGCCAGGACCAAGGGGACCUUAUGGACUACCUGGAGCUGCUGGAACACCAGGCCUGGACGGGUUGCCAGGCUUAAGGGGAGAAAAGGGCGACGUUGGGGAAAGAGGAGAAAAGGGUUUCCGGGGAUUUAAGGGUGAAAAGGGGGAACCAGGGCAGCCAGGUCUGGACGGGCUGGAUGCCCCAUGCCAAUUGGGCCCAGAUGGAUUACCAAUGCCUGGGUGCUGGCAGAAGUGAUCACUCUAACCUGAAACGCAUGGAGUUUGUAAAUAAUGCUUCUUUUAUGGUAUUUAUAGUUUUUUUUUUAAAUGGGAAAAAAGUCUAAAAGAAAAAGAAGUCCUACCGUGUGUGCACAAUGAUACAAAAAGCCGUCCUGAGUUUCACACCCUGAGCUGCUUCUACUCACAUCACCGCCGGGGGGGGAAAACAAAACAUGUGUGUCCGCUCUCUCACAUCCACAUCGUGGUGGCGUUCAGAUCCUUGGCUGGCGGCAGAACUUGUCUCUGUAGUCUUUGCAUGGCUCAGACUGGAGCAUCGCAGCCGGCCAGAUUCAAAGGUGUUGAAAGGAAGCCAUGGAAAGAGAAGGAGGAAGUGGAGGAGCGGGAUCUGGACUGGCUCUCUAACACCAAACGCUAGGUGUUUCGUGUUGUUUUGUCUCAACAAGCUCACCACCCAUUCAUGCAGCGCCAUUUUCUAAAAGACUAAAAAAAAGAAGACUGUGCCAAACAGAACAUUGCACCCGCUGACCCUGCAAAAGCAUGAGUAGUAUACUGAAACUAUAUUUAUAUGUAUUGUACAUACAUGUCACUGUUUUGUGGUUGCGUCAUGGCUUCUGCAGAAAAGAAAAACAACACUAACAUAAAAAAACACAUCCCCAGAGCUCUGAAUUAGUAAUUUCUGCUUUCCUUUAAUCUUCCCAAGGGAGUCACGCCAUGGCUGGUAGCCUGAAAAUCCCCAGAAAGUAAAGCUGUUGGUUAUUGUUGCUUUAUUGUGGUGAUGCCUGCAGAGGGUAUGAUAUCGGCAGGUUUUCACUGUUGCACUCAUGUGGCUCAGCAUCAUCAUCAGUGUGGUGCCUCCCAGCAGCCACGCAUCUCCGGACAAGAAGGGGGAUCUUAGCAGGCUCGCUGCAACCGACCGGAAAAACAAAUCAGGCUCUCGUGGAUUUGAGAUUUGACAGGCCUGCUCGGGAUCCCCCCUAUGAGCACGGGAGUGGAUUCUGCAGGAGAGUCGCUAAGAGUCUCAUCAAACUCCAUAGAGAUCAGCUGGAGCGUCUGCCUCUCCCGACGGGCAACGCUUUAAGGGUCUUCUGAGAGCGUUAACAGAAUGCAAUCAUGUUUUCUUUAUUUUGUUUUGUUUUGUUUUUGCUCAAAUUCUUUAACAUUGUUUGUAUUUUGUGUAUAAUAGCCUUCGGUGCCUCAAGAUUUUAUUCAUUCCUUUAUCACAAAAAUACAACAUUAUAUUAUAUUUUGAAUUACUGGAAUGGCAUUUGUUUCAGAAGGGUAAGCUUUGUUUGGUAAAAAGGUGGCAGGAGUAUUGAAAAGACGCAUGUUGCGCACUGUUUUUCAUAUGAAUUGUUUUUUUACAAGAUGUUGAAAUAGCAUAUGUAGGUUAUAGUUUCAUAUGAGCAUGCAGUGAGACUGCAUCCAUCUCGGCUGCGCAGGCUCUGAUCUUACUGGUGGUUGUGAAGAAGCUCAUUGGGUUUUUUUUGCAGAGCACGCCCAGCAUUGUGACAAAAAUGUUACUGGUUCAUUCUGGACUUGUUGUAUGGGAUGCUAUUUGUACAGUGUUAUCAGUUCACUGCAUGUCCACAAUUUAUUACUUAUGGAUUUCUUAAACAUUGAAAAUAAGCAUUGAUUUGAGCGAGUGUAUCAGAAGCAUGAAUUUUCAGGGUCGGGUUUCAUUCAGCUCUUACAAAGCAACAAUCGGAUUUAGCUGAACAUACAGUAGCUGGUAUUUCAGAUUAAGAGAAAUUAUGUUCAACAGAACAAUCUCAGUGGCAUUACACUACUCGUUUACACCUUAUAUAUUGUCUUAAACAUAUGGAAAACAUGUAUUACAGUGCAAGAAAGGCUAAACUGGACACAUUGAAUUGGUCAAAUACCGUUAAUACACCACAGUCUAACUGGUUAUGUCACAUUCCAUAUCAGAUGGAGCAAAUAAAUGGAGCAGCAGAUCCAAACUAGUUUCAUUUUUCACUAUAGUUUAUUCAUCUUUUCAUGUUCCGUAUAGUCAAAUUAACUUCUGACAUAGGAGGUGCUAUGCAAGGCGAUACUUUCAGUACUUCUUCUCUUUAGCAUCAGAAAUAUGCAUGAUUGACUUACUGUAAGGGCAGAUGUGAAAAACCCUUUUGUUGUGAUGUAGCAACAACCACAGGUGGAUUCAAGAAGAUUUGUUCCCGUAUGGUUUCUGUUUGAUUAUACAACUCAUCUCAUUGUUUUAAAGAUUGGAUGCACAUCUGUAUAGCUUAUAAUGGUGCUAUCUGAUAGCAGGUCAACAACAGUUCAGCUGAUGCAUUCUGCCAGUGGCAAGAACUACACAACAGGUUUCUUUAUUGUUGUUGGGGUUUUAUGUAUGUAACAAUUUAAAGUUUUUUUUGUGCAUAUAUUUGUGUAUUUGUCCCAGUAUUUUUAAGUGGUACAUUAUUUAUUUUUCUAUAUAUUUCUUAAAUGAAGGCAUUUUGGUUCUAAACAGCAUUCCUUUCAGUUGUUUUGGCUUUUGAUGUCGGUUUCCGCUGUGUCUCUGUUGAUAUUAUGAAGAAUUGUGGAUCAUGAUAAAGGCAUCGCGUAACAGUUUUGCAAAUGGUGUCGUGUGAAGGAAGGUGGUCUUUUACAAAUUACAGACCAGUGUGACUUAACUGUGCAUUUAAGUCAGCUUAUAGGCCUUACAGUGGAAUACAUCUGUUUUUAUUUCAUUUUGUGUGUGAAAAAAGCUAACUAUGACAACAAAGUACUGAUGGCCUGAAUGUUGAAAGGCCCAGCUAAUGCAACAGCAUAACGUUAAAUAUCACAGCUUUUUCUCACGCUUUCUCUGUUCUCUCUCUCUCUCUGUCUCUCUCUCUCUCUCUCUCUCUUUGCAUUGAAUGUAGUUUGAUAUAUGUAUAGUGGAUUAUUAAUGUACUGUUAAAAUGUGUGCUCAUUUGACAAGAAGUGCAAUUUAUACUUUGGUCAAUGUGUGUAGCCUCAAAUGCAGCGGACGUAUCACACAAUUGUGAUUUCUAUAGCUCCAUUUGUUCAGUCGUGCUACCCUGUAUACCACUACCUGGAGAGAAAAUGUUUAUUUACCAGAAGAGACAAUGAAACAAAUGUAAAGACAGACCUUUCAUUGACUCUGAACUUUUGAUUGGUUUGAACAUUUCCUCAAAUAUCGUCCCUUCACUCAUGUUUUAAAAUGUUAUUUCCAAUACUUCUUAUUUACUGUUUUAAGUUUUUGCAAUGUUUUUUUUUGUAUUUUAUUUUUGAUUUCCAGCCUUUGUUACAGUAUUUGUUGCUGUAUCAUUAGCAUGUGCAGCUAAUUUUUUUAUUUGAUUGAAUUUUUCUUUUUGUUUGUUUAAUUGAUUGAUGUGUUUCCAUGUUAAAGUUUCAAAUGUAGUUUAUUUUGCUAUCAGUAGAAGUGCCGAAACAUUUCAAACAGUUAAUUCCAUAUCAGUAUUAGCAAAGCUGGUGAUAGGCUCCAAAAGGACUGUGCAUUUGUCUAUGUUGCAGAAAUGCUCUGAGUCAAGUUUUCCUCUGAAGAAACAGCAGCAUACACCCAUGAGCCUCACUUAACUCCUCAGAUUAAAAGUGCUAGCGUCUCAUUCAUCAUCAAAAGACACUGGUGAACUUUCACAUUUAUACUCCUCAAUGUACCGCAACUGAAAUACUCAUACUGCCACACACUCUCCAAAAUAAAAACAGGAACAAAAAUGCAAAGCAAAAUCCAUUUUGUUAUGCAUAAAACCUGAAUUUGAAACUGCUUUUUCGGUUGUGGUUUAUGUUCAGUUGCUGUUAUGCUUUUGUAUUAUUAAUUGUUUCCACCCACUUGAUUGACAUUUCUUUACAGACCCUUGUGUUCACACACUACUAUAUUUCAAGAUGACAUUUCAUAUGACUGUACUGUUGGAGCUAAAUAAACACAGUCUUUUAAAUACAUCCAACAAAAA